UCUGUAGAGAGCGAAACUGGCACAUAAAUAUGAUAUUAAACUCACGAAUCUCUGUAAUAGCAGCUCACUCCAACUCCAUUACCAAAUCUUCACCACUCUCCAAUGUCAAACUUCUCAAAUGUAAAACAAAUCUCAUGCCAUUGAAACUCACAAAUCCAAUAUUUUUUCUUCUUGUUAAUUUCUCGAAACUCCAUUUUUUGUGUUCCUCGAUCUCGGAUAGUUGAAUUUAUCCUCAAAUCUCUCGUCUCAAUUUGCAGAAUUUCUCCAUUUUGAGGAUUUUACUGUAUUUAAUGGCUGACAUAGUGAAGCAGAUCUUGGCAAAGCCAAUUCAAUUAGCAGACCAAGUAACAAAAGUAGCAGAUGAAGCAAAUUCAUUCAAACAGGAUUGCGCAGAUAUUAAAUCCAAAACAGAGAAACUAGCCGCGCUGCUUCGUCAAGCAGCGCGAGCUAGCAAUGAUCUUUAUCAACGUCCAACGAAACGAAUCAUCGAAGAUACUGAACAAGUACUCGAAAAAGCCCUAUCAAUUGUCGCGAAAUGUCGGGCCAAUGGGCUCGUAAAACGAGUCUUCACUAUCAUCCCUGCUGCUGCAUUUAGGAAAAUGACUUCUCUAUUGGAAAAUUCGAUCGGUGAUGUAUCGUGGCUCCUCCGUGUUUCUGCAUCGGCGAAUGACCGGGCUGAUGAGUAUUUGGGGCUGCCGCCGAUUGCUGCUAAUGAACCUAUAUUGUGUUUGAUUUGGGAACAGAUUGCGAGUUUGUAUACUGGCUCGUCAGAUGAGAGAUCGGAUGCAGCUGCUUCUUUGGUUUCGUUAGCUCAGGAUAAUGAUCGGUAUGGCAAGUUGAUCAUUGAAGAAGGUGGAGUCGGACCCUUGUUGAAGUUGUUGAAAGAAGGGAAAUUGGAAGGUCAGAAGAAUGCUGCUAAGGCGAUUGGACUUCUAGGACGUGACCCUGAAAGUGUCGAACACAUGGUACAUGCUGGAGUUUGUUCAGUAUUUGCGAAAAUCCUCAAAGAAGGUCCGAUGAAAGUUCAAUCAGUAGUGGCAUGGGCAGUUGCAGAGCUCGCUUCACAUUAUCCGAAAAGCCAAGAUCUUUUUCAGCAGCAUAAUAUAGUCCGGUUACUGGUUAGCCAUCUCGCGUUUGAGACAGUUCAAGAGCAUAGCAAGUAUGCUAUUGUCAGCAAAGCCACUUCGAUUCACGCUGUUGUUUUGGCUAGUAAUAACAAUAGUAACGUGAACAGGGCGAACGAGAAUGAUGGAAAGGUUAGUGUUCCACAUCCAUUGGGGAAUAAUAAGUCUAAUCAGAUGCACAAUGUGAUUACCACCACUAUGUCGAUGAAGGGUCUAACGAAGACCCCUCAGGAGAAUGUUGUCAAUAAUGGCGUGAACCAGACGUUGAAUCACCUGAGCAAGAUUAAUGGAACUAACAACGUGAAGCAAAAUCAUGUCAAUCAUCUACAGCUUCAGCAUCAGCAUCAGAACAGUGUUUGUUCAACGGGGGCGAGUAAUAAAGGGAGAGAAAAUGAGGACUCUGCUACCAAGGCUUAUAUGAAAGCGAUGGCUGCAAGAGCAUUAUGGAAACUUGCCAAGGGAAAUUCCUCAAUUUGUCGUAGCAUUACUGAAUCACGAGCACUGCUUUGCUUCGCGGUACUCCUGGACAAAGGUACAGACGAUGUUAAGUACAAUUCUUCUAUGGCAAUAAUGGAAAUUACAGCAGUGGCAGAACAAGAUGCUGAUUUGAGACGGUCAGCGUUCAAGCCUAAUACAACAGCCUGCAAAGCUGUUGUUGAUCAAUUACUGGGAAUCAUCAAAAAAGGAGAUUCAGAUUUGCUUAUUCCAUGUAUCAAUGCUAUCGGAAAUUUAGCUAGGACUUUUCGAGCAACAGAAACAAGGAUCAUUAGUCCUUUAGUCAAGCUGCUUGACGAGCGCGAACCAGGAAUCUCCAAAGCAGCAGCAUUAGCCCUUACAAAAUUCGCUUGUUCGGAUAACUACCUUCACAAGGAUCACUCCAAGGCCAUCAUAAAUGCUGGAGGGGCAAAACAUUUGAUUCAACUUCUUUACUUUGGUGAACAAAAAGUUCAGAGUCCUGCAUUGCUUCUGCUUUGCUACAUCGCGUUGCACGUUCCUGAUAGCGAAGCGCUUGCUCAAGCCGAGGUACUGAUAGUGCUCGAGUGGGCCUCCAAGCACGCGUACUUGAGCCAACACGAAAAGGUAGAGAGGUUGUUACAGGAAGCAAAUAGCAGGCUGGAACUUUAUCAGUCUAGAGGAUCAAGGGGAUUCCAUUGACUUGUAAUAAAAUAAAUGUGUAGAAUCUGUAUGUUUUAAGAUUAAAUUUUCUGUUAUUUGUUUUAGAUUUUUUUGAUUUAUUUCCUGUUGGUAUGAAAUGUACAUAAGAUAUGUCUUUUUAACCCUGCACUAGUUGUGUAGAAUAAGCUCCUAAUUGGAUCACCAA